AUGAGUAGUUUGGUUUCAAAAGCUUCGUAACUCGAGGGAAUAUGUAAAUUCUCAACAUUAAGUUAUCUGCCAAUCUAAGCACUGAUCUAACUAGAGGCAGAUUGAUUUUUAUGAAAUCUCCAGCUCUAGGCUCUCCAAGUGCAUUAGGCAUACGUGGUCCUAGAGAAGGAAACCUCUCAGAAUGCCCACAAAUGCUGUACUUGCAAUGGCCCUGAAGCAGUGAUUGCCUCAAGCGAAGAAGACAUUUUUCGUUCCUUCAACAAUGUUGAGUUGUGCAUUAGAGGCUUGCAAAAACUGCAGGGACUCUUGUCCCGGAAGACAAACGAAUAGCAAUGCGAGAUACAUAAUUGUUAAAUCACUUCCUCCGUGAGUGAAGAAAGAACAUAUCUUGGAAACCAGGGUGAUAAGAAUGCUUCAUGUCCAUACUCAAUGCCUUCCUCCAUGAAAUUUUUGAUCCAGUAACCAUGUGUAGCCUUUCUUGACCUGCUCCUUCCCAUCAUCUUCCUCUCUUCUCAUUCAAUGCUUCCCCUGCCUUCACCACCUCCUUCAGAGCAAAGGAAGUAUUCAAGAUGUAACUGAGAAUCCUGCAGAGGAUAAAAUGGUGAACAACAAUUGUAGUGUUGAUCUUAGAACUGUUGGUUCCAAUGAAAAAGAAAGAGAUAGGAAUUGCAAGACUGAUUUUAGGAAAGUGGUUCAAUUGCAAGACUGAUUGCCAAGCUUAAGCAGCAAAAUCUGAGCAAAUGGGUCAGCAAAGUUUGUUUUAUAUGCCCGAGUUAGCAUGGUUCAAUGUUGUGAAUUUUGUUACCUGCUGCUAAAAGAUGUUGGAACUGAAGUUUGUACCAGCAACAUGUAUUUCAAUUGUUCAAUAAAAUGCCUGUGAGAUUGAUCAAGAACAAAAAGAAAAUGCCUGUGAAGAACGGCAAUGUAUAGACUGUUCUAUGUAAUAUGCAAUUGGAUUUUGUUCCCAUUGGAAAUAUGAUGCACUUAAUUCGGUUGGAGCUUUAUGACGUUUUUAAGGUCCUAGAAGAAAUUGAUAUUCUUUGUUUUAGUAUUUAGUAACUUGGUAGUAUUGGAAAAUCCAUCAUGAUAAGUGAAUUAAUUUCAAACAUUGUAAUCAAACUAACAAGUACAAGAGAAAAUUUUGGAGAUCAAAUCUAUUAUGAAAAGUAGAUUUUGUUACCUUUAGUACAACCAAACAACAAGAUACAUGGAAUGCCUCCCCUAUCAACAAAUAAGAACCUAGUAUGUUAGAAGAAAUCCCAGGCAAAAUGUAAACCAAGAUCUAAUAAUCAAAGUAACAGAUCGAGAUAUAACCCUCACUAAGGUCUCAACGCCAUAGAAUCAACUACUAAUAUACCAUGCUAAUUAAAAACUUAAAUGUGGAAGGGUGUAUAUACCAUAUACUCAUAUAGUACCUCCAUGUUUGACAUUUUUCUGUAUCAUGUAUUUAGAAAUCGUGACUAAAUAAAGUUCAGUUAAAAAGAAAUAUGAUGGAGAAAUUAAGAGGUUGAAAAACAUGUCAAUGUUGCAUAAAGAGUAAUCUCCCAA